AUGGAAACCAACAAUAACGGGGCCUUACCACAGGCUCUGACAAGCACAGUUGCAACUCGAAUCCAGGAUCAACGAGUCAACCAACGGGCCACCAAAGCACUUCCAACCUUCUACCGCAAUCUCGAAGAAGCUCUAGACGUACGCCGUGCCUCGCACAACUUCUACUCCAUUGUUCAGAACAGUUGGCAGACGAGCAAUGCCGUAGACCUGUGCUCGGGCGAUAUUCUCGGCCUAGGCUCGAGCCCAGAGCGACGUUCUGAGUUUCUAGCCGAGCUAGCCCGAUGCCCUGGAUUUACCACUGGAUCAAGUGGUGUGAGACUCAUGGAUGGCGAGUACUCAUAUCUAGAAGAAGUUGAGCGAGAAAUUGCCGCGUUCCACGGGGUGGAGACCGGAUUGAUAGUAGGCUCAGCGUAUGAGGCCAACAUUGCGGUCUGGACGGCCAUCCCGCGUCCUGGCGAUGUCAUUUUGUACGAUGAGUUUGUGCACGCGAGCACACACGAGGGAAUAAGACAAGGUCUGGCCAUGCAGAAAGUGGAGUUUCCUCAUAGCGAUGUCGAUGCUUUCCGCUCGGCGCUGCUAGAAAUAUUGGUCUCGCAGCCGCUGAUCUGCCAAGGGAAGCGCUCCGUUCUCGUCGCAGUUGAGUCAAUAUACAGCAUGGAUGGAGAUGUUUGUCCGCUCCAAGAGCUCGUGGGAGUUGCACAAGAGAUCUUCCACAGUUACGGAAAUAUUCAUUUCGUGGUAGACGAGGCGCACAGCGUAGGAGUCAUUGGACCUAAAGGCGCUGGUCUCGUUUGCGAACUUGGACUACAAGAUAAAAUCGCGGUGGUGGUGCACUCAUUUGGUAAGGCCAUGGGUGCCACAGGAGCAAUCAUAUUGGGAAAUAAGACGAUCAAAAGUUCGUUGGCAAAUUUCGGACGUUCAAUCAUAUACACCACAUCGCCAUCCUUCCCAUUUGUCGCUGCCAUUAAAUCUGGGUAUACCAUACUUGAAACAGGUCGCAAACAAGAAGCUCAAGAACGAAUUCAGCAACUUGGAAAGACUUUUUUCGAAUCAAUCACAUCGCACGCGACUUGGUCCAUGGCUCGAGAUACUGGUCUAAUUUCCGUGCCCCUGCUAGAAGGCUGGAGAGACCGUUCAUUUCUCACCCACAUUAUCACUAUCUCAACCCGAGAAAGAUAUACUUUCUGGCUCUAUUUUGCGCUUCUAUCGUCCGGUUUCUGUACUUUCCCAGUCAAUCAUCCCAUCGUACCUCUCGGACACAGCCGACUGCGCGUCAUACUACACGCCACCAACACCAAAGACCAAGUGAGAAGAUUCGUUAAAGCGAUUUUUGCAUGGGUCGAAGAGAUGUUGGAGAUUGAAGAAGGUAGGACUACAGAGAAAGUAUCCAUCGCAGCCAGGGACCUUUACACAUGGAUGAGGCGUGAAGGACUUACCGGGUAUGGAAUGAAGUAG